AUGAAGAUUGCCAGGUGGCUUCUGGGAUCGGCCGUUCCAUCACACUUGUCUAAGCUAAGUAGCUUAAACUUGGUUGGGAAGGUUUCUGCUAAAAUUUCUUCCAAAAGAUGCGAGGCACCAUUUAAGCUGAAAUCUCCUCUUAUUCCUUUUAGAGGGUGGCCAACUGCACCAGAUGGACCAUAUGCUUGGGGAUAUUGCUUUGUGAGGGAACGAAGUCCUCCAUCAGAUUAUUGUUCUCCAAGUUCCACUUAUCCUUGUGCUCCUGGGAAGAAGUAUUAUGGUAGAGCUCCCAUUCAACUUUCAUGGAAUUACAAUUAUGGGCAGUGCGGUAAUGCCAUAGGCGUAGGCCUAUUGAACAAUCCAGAUCUAGCGGCGACAGAUCCAGUCAUUUCCUUCAAGACAGCAAUCUGGUUCUGGAUGACUCCACAAUCUCCAAAGCCCUCCUGCCACAAUGUCAUCAUCGGAAAAUGGUCACCCACCCCUGCUGAUUCGGCGGCAGGAAGAGUUCCAGGUUAUGGCGUGAUAACAAACAUCAUCAAUGGUGGAAUUGAAUGUGGUAAAGGCCCAAAUGACCAGGUUAAAGAUCGCAUUGGAUUUUAUAAGAGAUAUUGUGAUAUACUUGGAGUUAGCUAUGGCAGCAAUCUUGAUUGCCACAACCAAAGGCCGUUUGGAAAUGGGCUUUUGAACUUGGUAAAUUCUAUGUAAUCAGUUGUUUCCAUGUAAUAUUGGAAAGAAUAAACUAAAUAAAA